CAAUGCAUUGCGCAUUUCAUUCAGCCACGCAGUUCGGGAAAAUACUGUCCUGACUGAGCUCGGCAGUGAAGAGGACUCACCGUCGACGAUGGAGAAAUCCGACGAGCGCGCCAAGAAGGCGAGGCUGGAGCUACCCGACGGCCAUGUGAAGCAAGAAGAGAUCAGCGUGCACCAUGCGGUCGGAGGGGGAGACGAAGGCGGAGCAAUCGUUCCUGCGGAGGCGGGGCACGGUUCCAGAGUGGAGCUCGCGGUGAAGAUCGACAUGAGCCUGCUUCACUGCCCGCUCUGCACCCUCCCCUUCAAGCCUCCGGUCUUCCAGUGCAACAAAGGCGGGCACCUGGCCUGCGGCGGCUGCGUGGCCCUGCUGCCCGGCGGACAGUGCAGGGCGUGCGAGGACGGCGGCGGGUUCUUCUCCCCCUGCCCCGCGCUGGACGCCAUCGUGUCCUCGGCCAAGGUCGCGUGCCCCCACGCGGCCUGCCAGACGUACGUGCCCUACCACGAGGCCGCCGACCACCGGAGCGCCUGCCCCCACGCGCCCUGCGCCUGCACGGAGCCCGGCUGCGGCUUCGUCGGCGCGCCGCAUGCGCUUGCGGGCCACCUCGCCGAUCUCCACUCGGUGCCGGUGCGCACCGUCCAGUACGGUCGGGUCAGCCAGGUCCCGGUGUCGGGGCCGCGGCAGCUGCUCGUGGCCGAGGAGGACGGCCGCGCGUUCCUCCUGACCGUGGGCGCGCUCGGGGCCGCCGCGGCCGCCGUGUCGGUGGUGUGCGUGAGGGCGAGCGCGGCCACGCAGCCGCGCUUCUCGUGCAAGAUGUGGGUGAACCUGGUGCAGCCGGCGAGCGGCGGCAGGGCAGACAUGGCCCUGGUGGACAUCCAGAUGAGGAGCAGCGCCACGCCCGGCGCGGUGGUCGCCGUGGACGAACCGACGUUCCUGACGGUGCCGCGGAUGUACAUGGUUCCGGUGGCCGGGGAUGCGGCGUCCAUGGAGGUUUCUCUCAACAUCCGCAUCGACAAGAUCUCCCGCUGAUUCCUGCUGAUCGAUCGAUGUAUCCCUUCUACCACCGGCAAAUCGUGCUCCAUGGUCUGGAGAUCCAGCUUAAACUGUUCGGGUGCUGUUAAUUAAAGAUUUAUCAGUGCAAUGUCAUCCGGGUAACCUGCAGUGAAAUUUAAUGUGAGACUAGACUAGAGUAGGUUGCAUGUUGGCUGCUCCUGCACACAGCACCCGCCCACCCAUGGCUUGCCGUUUCGGUGCAAAGUGCAAAGUGCAAAGUGCUGGAAGGGGCAGCUUUGCCCGUCACCCCUCAGCCACUCCGAGCGACAAGGACCAUAAAGAUAAAGUCAUCAUCUACCUCCGUCGCAUCCUCCUCUGCUGCUACCCAUCAGAAUUCAGAAUCAUGGGCAGCUUUCUUGACCAUCUUGCUGCUCGGCCCCGUGGUGGACUCUUGUGUGGCGAGACAUGCCUCCAUGUUCCAUUGCUUUCUUGAUCAUCUUGCUGCUUCAGUGAAGAUAGUACUAUUACUCAUUAUGUACAACA